AUGUACGUCGCCUGCGCAAGCUAUUGGUGUGCGCCUGCUGGUAUGAAUACACGUCCCACACCACACCACACUUGGAGUCGCCGUUCCGAGUAUAAUCCUAUCUGUCAAUCCCACAGGAUACGUGUUCCCGUUAUUACAUAUGGCAGAGAUGGUGAGGUGUUAUCCUCCGUUCGUCCCACCACCAAGACUACCUCCCCCGUGGUGGUAGAACGGGUCCUUGGUUCCAUUGUCGAAGAGGUGACUGAGGCGUUAACGUUGGAACUGAAAAUGUCCUUCGCUGAGCAUUGGCGUGGAGUUGGGAGGUAUUGGAAUUUGGCAUGGACACUGGAGUCCGAGGUAUCUCCGAGACCAUUUACGUCAAUACGAAGUUGUAACUUCUCUCUUCCACAACGGUUGCCUACUGCGGACUUCGAUGCGCAGUUGACCGCACAGCGCAAUGUGCUCGUUGUAGUGAUAGUGAUGGAGGUCGAGGAGCCAACGGCGGCAUCGGUUGGUGUCGCAAAUGGACGGGACUGGGGCGACGGGGUAGAUGGAAGCCGUGAACAGCUGACAAUGGCAGGAAACAUUGACGCGCAGAAGGGGACGUCUGGUGUCUUAGCUCGGGUGGUGGAGUGGAAUGGGUUGCACAUUGACUCUGGCAGGGUUUUGGGCGAAGCGAGUGUGGGCGACGACACAAAGCAUUCAUGUACAUUCCAGAUCAAAAAUGCUCCCUCUCUUGAGACUUGGCUUUCCUCGACAUCUGCAAUCUCGGGUGAGGUGAAAGUAAUGAGUUGGAGAAUAUCAUGGCCAAUGCAUAGGAUGAUUGACGGGGAGCUAACUAUGGCUCUGGGUUCCGAUUGGCAUGGGGGCUUUAGGGGUUGGAAAGAAAUGGUGGGGCUGCAAGACGAGAAUGUCGUGAUGUAG